UAAAAGUCCGCAUAUAUUACCGUAAUUCAAGAACAAUCAGCAAAGAAAAAUUCCCAAUUCCACAUCACAAUCUCCUCUCUCCCUCUUUUCAAUUUCAUAAUUUCAUUAUAUUCCUUCUCCAAAUGUAGAUUACCAGAACACACACCAUAACCUCAAGUUCAACACUCACUCACUCAAACCUAAUAAUCAUAACAACAAUAAUUAUAAUCUCACUUGCAGUUGCACAGAAAUUCGUUGCGCUCACUUCACUUACUCAUGUCCUCUAAUUACAGUCCGGGGCGGAGCCCGGGGAGCAACCGGCUACAGCAACUCGGAUUCGGUGGUGGCUUUGGUGGGGUCUCCAGAUUGAGAUCUUCAUCAAUGAAGAAGCCGCCCGAGCCUCUGCGCCGCGCCGUCGCUGAUUGUUUGUCCUCCUCGUCUACAGCCGCCGCGCCUACCUUGCUCCACCCUGGCAGUCCCUCUGGUGUCGUUUUUGAGGCGUCCAGGACUCUUCGGGACUAUUUGGCAACCCCUGGAACAACUGACAUGGCUUACUGUGUGAUUAUAGAGCAUACAAUUGCAGAGAGGGAGCGGAGCCCAGCAGUAGUUGCAAGGUGUGUGGCACUUUUGAAACGAUACCUUCUAAGAUAUAAGCCUGGUGAGGAGACUUUGUUGCAGAUAGAUCGCUUUUGUUUGAACACAAUUGCCGAGUGUGAUAUUAAUCCAAAUCGAAGAGUGUCUCCAUGGUCACGAUCUUUAACCCAACAAUCUGGUGCAUCAACAGUAUCUGCAAAUGCUUCUCCUUCGUUGCCUGUUUCUAGUUUUGCUUCUGGAGCACUGGUAAAAUCUUUGAAUUAUGUCCGUUCCCUAGUGGUUCAACAUAUUCCAAAGCGGUCAUUCCAACCAGCUGCUUUUGCUGGAGCUCCCCCUGCAUCAAGACAAUCCCUUCCAACAUUGUCGUCACUGUUGAGUAGAUCCUUCAAUUCCCAAAUAAGCCCUGCAAAUGUUGUAGAAUCUUCGGAGAACAAAGAUUCGACAACUUUAUCUGUUUCCAAUCUAUCCAAUAUUGAAGAAGUUGAUGGAAUGGAAGAUCUUGAAUAUAUUGCAAGUGAUGUUCUAAAAUGGCGCUGGCUAGAAGAACAUCAGUCAUCAUCUAUGUCAACAGAAAGUGAUCGUGCCAUAACUCUUCAAGAAAUGAGUACACAUACUUUCGUAGAAGUAGGUGCUGCUGCUCUCCUUGUAGGAGACAUGGAAGCUAAAAUGAAGGGCCAACCUUGGAAAUAUUUUGGUACCAGAGACAUGCCUUAUCUUGACCAACUGCUGCAACCUUCUUCAGUAACAACUGUAACAAAUUCAGCUUCUGCUCUGUCUCACUUGAGAGCAAUAACGGCAUCUAAGCGGACUAAAGCCGGACCUCGCCAGAUUUGGGAGGAUUCUCCUGUGAACACAUUCCGUCCACGUGCUCGUCCACUUUUUCAAUAUCGUCACUACAGUGAACAACAACCUUUGCGAUUGAAUCCUGCCGAGGUGUGUGAAGUUAUUGCUGCAGUUUGCUCUGAGACAUCUUCACCAAAUGCUAAUUCCAUGACAGUAUCAUCUAGAUUAAGCAACAACAGAGGAAAGCCGUUGAUAGAUGUGGCUGUUAGCGUGCUUAUUAAACUUGUUAUCGACAUGUAUGUUUUGGGUUCUGGGACUGCGGCUCCUCUCACUCUGUCAAUGCUUCAGGAAAUGCUUAGUUCUCCAAGAACAGCUUGUAGAGUUCGUGCUUUUGAUUUAGUUCUGAACCUUGGGGUCCAUGCUCACUUGUUGGAGCCAAUGAUGACUGAUGAUACUUCUACAAUUGAAGACGAGUAUUCUGAAGACUCUUUUUUUGAGAAUGAAGACCAGCUUAUGUCACAAGGGAAGAGAAAAACCGAUUCUAUUAAAAAGUCCAGUUCAUCAGCUAUUGAUAAUUUUGAGUCUUGGAUUUUGAACAUUUUAUAUGAGAUACUCCUCCUUCUUGUUCAGAUUGAAGAGAAGGAAGAAUCUGUCUGGGCAUCUGCUCUAAGCUGUUUGCUUUAUUUUGUCUGUGACAGGGGCAAAAUUUGGAGAAAUCGAUUAAACGGUCUUGACAUAAGGGUUAUUAAGGCACUUCUAGAGACUUGCAGGAAGAAUUCUUGGGCAGAAGUAGUUCAUUGCAAACUUAUUUGUUUAUUAACAAACAUGCUGUACAAUGUUCCUGAUGGACCUGCUAAGGGUGGCUCAAGUACUCCAAGUUUUCUUGUAGACCAGCUUGACCUGAUUGGUGGAAUUGAGUUUAUUUUCUUGGAGUAUGCGCUGGCUAACUCAAGGGAAGAAAGGCGGAAUCUAUAUGUGGUGCUUUUUGACUAUGUGUUGUAUCAAAUAAAUAACACGUGUAUAGCUGCUGGAGUUUCCGAAUAUACUGAUGAUGAGAUUCAACCCGUUGCUUCCCUGCUUGGUCUUGCAGAUGCACCUGAAGCUUUUUAUAUCUCUGUUAAACUUGGGGUAGAAGGCAUUGGGGGGCUUUUGAGAAGAUCUAUUGCGGUUGCAUUGUCUAGAUAUCCUAACAGUGAGAGACUUAAUAUGCUGUUGGAGAAUGUGGCAGAGAAAUUUGAUAUAAUAAUUAGUUCAUUUACUCAUUUAGAUAAAGAGUUUUCCCAUCUGCAACAGAUAACUAAAACUUUCAAGUUUAUGGAAAGCUUCGAGGAUGUGAGAAAUGGUGUUUUCAUGAAAGUAAAGCUCUCAUGGGCCACUUUACAUUCUCUUCUUCAUUCAGAAAGAAUUGCUUAUCGUCAGAAUGGGCAUAUAUGGUUAGGUGAUUUGCUUAUUGCAGAAAUUAGUGAGGAACGGGGGGCAAGUGUAUGGUCAAAUAUUAAAAACUUGCAACGUAAAAUUGCCCAUGCUGGUUGUCAUGAUUCCUCUGUUGCUUCAGAUGUGCCUUUGUCCAUUUGGCUUAUGUGUGGGCUCCUGAAGUCAAGAAACAAUCUAAUCAGAUGGGGCUUCCUAAAUAUUCUAGAAAGACUUCUUAUGCGAUGUAAGUUUUUGUUGGAUGAGAAGGAGCAACAUCCAAUGAGUGAUGUUGCUAAUGAACACGAAGAUAGCCGACUUGAAAAAGCAAAUGCUGUGAUUGAUAUCAUGAGUAGUGCUUUGUCUUUGGUUGCUCAAAUUAAUGAAACAGACCGCAUCAACAUCUUGAAGAUGUGUGACAUUCUGUUCUCUCAAUUGUGCCUCAAAGUUUUCCCUGCAGCUGCAAAGGCAUUUGGAGAUGGAAUGCAUCAGAGUAAAGUUCUUGGCGCUGUAGAUGAGAAUAAAAAAAAUGAUGCUGCUGAGCGUCUCUCUCAAAAAGAGAGUGGCCGCUGGGAUGAAUUCCUCAAGGAAACUGAGAUCAGAUCCGGUUAUAAUAUGAACCGUCCAAUUUUUGAAACAGCGUCAAUGGCGGCACAGCUGCUUCAGGGACAAGCAGUUGUUCCUAUGCAAUUAGUUGCACGUGUACCUGCUGCUUUGUUUUAUUGGCCAUUGAUUCAACUUGCUGGUGCAGCAACAGAUAAUAUUGCAUUGGGUGUCGCCGUUGGAAGCAAAGGAAGAGGGAACCUUCCUGGUGCCACGUCAGAUAUUCGGGCUACCCUUCUGUUGCUUCUAAUUGGUAAAUGCACUGCAGAUCCUGCUGCUUUUCAAGAAGUUGGUGGAGAAGAAUUUUUUAGGGAACUUUUAGAUGAUACUGAUUCGAGGGUGGCAUAUUAUUCUUCAGCUUUUCUAUUGAAGAGAAUGAUGACAGAGAAACCUGAGAAGUACCAGCACAUGCUGCAGAAUCUCGUCUUUAAGGCUCAGCAGAGCAACAAUGAAAAACUGUUAGAGAAUCCGUAUCUUCAGAUGCGUGGCAUACUUCACCUGUCAAAUGAUAUCUGAGCUCGGUUGCAAUCUGAUUUUCAAUUUUGUAAGUACUUUGUUCUUGAUGUGGAAACACUGCAAUGGGUAAUUCAGAGUCUAUCACUCCAACAGUUGUGACCUAUCCCGUGGCUGGCAACAUUUGGCCAAAUUUUGAUAAAACCUUGGUGGAAUCUGCUUAAGUUUGCAAGCAUGCUUAAUUAGACAGUGUGGAAUCUGAUUCUUGAAGGAAAAAUACUGAAUUGAAGUCCAAAAAGUGUGUGGUUCAGAUCCCCAUCUCCCAAAGAAGCCAAGGUUGUAAGAUGAGGUGCAUAUAUGGGUGAUGCUAGCAAAAAUUCUCUGUGCCAUAGGUGCAGCAAAUCAGCUGUCAGUGCCUCUCUAUAGUUCCAGCAGGAUAAUGGAAGCGAUCAGAUAGAUGUUUGCUUCCCUCAUCCUCUUUACAUUGAAGUAGAUCAUUGCAGUACUCUUUUAUUUGUUAAAAGAUAUCAAGUUUGGCUUUUCAUCUGAAGCUUUCAGGUUGAAGGCUUGUUAUUUAAAGGUUAGCCAGUGUAGUAGACAUCUCCGAACUUUUUGGAGUAAUUGGUUAGCUUCGAUCGUCAUGCUAUACAUUGCAGAUCAAGGCAAUUCAUGUAUCUUAAGUAAUCAGGUGUGCAUUACAUUGACAGAAGACAUUUUGGGCAACCACGGAAAACCCUUAACCUGUACAGAAUCAGAUUUGCUCUUAACCUUCUAUUAGUUCUGUAAUUUUUGAGGGACGUUAAUGCUGGCUCUUUUUUGUCAUGGCCAUCCUUCAAUAAUAAAAAAACCUCGAGAUUUUUGUGUACUCAAAGGCUGUUCAGUUUCAUGUUUGUGAUGAAAACAGACUGAGGAUUACGUAUGUUUAGCGGAUAGGACUUCAUCGUUAGGGCAAGCAAGCGGGGGUGUCUGAUUUUAGUGGCAUCCUCAAAGUGUGCCUGGUAUGUGUUUUUUUGGUCUUUAUGUUCAUUAUUUUUUUCUCCUUGUAAAUGUGUAAACGUAAUUUUACCUGUCUUCUCUUCCGUUGUAAAUUGCUGACGAAAUAUCUUCUUUAUA